AUGAAGCAAGCUCUUCAAAGUCCAGCCCACCAGGCUGCCCUGAUCGAUAGGCUAGUGGACUCUAUGAAAACCAAAGCCACCACGGCCCUUAAUAAAAAAAUAACUAAUUGUGAGAAUAAGAAGAGUAAAGUUUUAACUAUUGAUCCGGACUUUUUGGAUGACUUAGAAAUCUUUUUCUUGGCUGAUGUAGCCCGAGAUUCUAAUCUUAACCCCUACAAGCUUUUUAAGGAAGUAAUCGUGAAGAAAUUAGAGAAUAACGUGCUAGCUACCAUCCAUGAUGAAAAAUCAGUGUUUUAUCGAAUUAUUAAUCCCGAAGAGAUUCAGCAUGAGAAAACUUUGG